AUGCUGGGUGCAUCGGCUACUACUAAACGCGAACGUUUUCCCGCACCAAAGGCACUCGCACUGCUUCCCCUUCUUGGUGGGAUCGUCGAACGUCCAAAACGAGGCUUUGAGGCGCAGUGGCUGUCAGUGACGUUCUCCAAGGCCAUCUGGCUGGGCAACGGGCUGGUGGCCAUCCUCUCAGGGCUGCUCGCCAACUCGCUCGUCACGUCGCUCGCCCUCGGCCCCGUCGCCCCCUUUGACGCCGCCGCCCUCGUGCUGCUGGUGGGCGGGGGCAUUAUAGCAGCCACGUGGCCGGAGAACUACGGCGACACCACCGACUCCAAGGAGCUCCUCGCGCAGUUCCACGCCGCCGCCACCGCCAUCGCCUCAGACGAGAAGAUAGCGCUGCUGGGGGCCAUCCAGUCGCUGUUUGAGGGCAGCAUGUACACCUUCGUGUUCCUCUGGACGCCCGCCCUGGCGCCCUCGGACCAGCGCAUCCCACACGGCUUCAUCUUCGCCAUCUUCAUGCUCGCCUCCAUGACCGGCUCCUCCCUCGCUGCUCGCCUCAUGGCGCGCCCCGCCCUGCGCGUGGAGCUCUACAUGCAGAUCGUCUUCGCCGUCUCCUCCCUCUCCCUCCUCGUCCCGCUCUUCGCCUUCUUUGUGUUGGAGCCGGUGGCGCCGGACGGGGGGGGCAUCACGCCGGGGGGGCGGGUGCAGCUGGUGGGGUUUUGUGUGUUUGAGGUGUGUGUGGGCGUGUUCUGGCCGUCCAUCAUGAAGAUGCGCUCGCAGUUCAUCCCUGAGGAGGCGCGCGCCACCAUCAUGAACUUCUUCCGCAUCCCCCUCAACUGCUUCGUCUGCAUCGUGCUCUACAAUGUGAGUGCGUUCCCCAUAACAGCCAUGUUCGGCAUGUGCUCCAUCUUCCUCGCCAUGGCAGCUGUGCUGCAGCGCCGCCUCUGUGCCAUCUCCCCGGGCAAGCCCGGCACACCCGCCUGCCACUCAAAUGCUGAUGAGAAUAAGAUGCGGGAGACAGAGCAAGAACAACUCUUGUGA